AAAAAGGUAAACAAAAUGCGCGUGAGCAACAAUCUGGUGGGAAUUCUGAACUUGGUGACGCUGCUGCUCUCGAUUCCGAUAAUCGGCAGCGGGAUAUGGCUCUCGAAACAGGCGAACGAUCGCGGGGCUGGUGGGGUCGUGCUGCCGCAUGAACGUGGCCGCUACCUGCUGGUGAUGUUUCUCCUCAUCCUGCUGCUCUUCUGCUUCACGAUAUUCGCCUUCGUCGUCACCAACAAGGGCGCCGGCCAAGACCUCUCCGAUAAAGGAUACAAGGAGUAUCGCCUUGGCGAUUACUCCAAUUGGUUGCAGAAUCGAGUCAACGACAAUUGGGGUAAGAUCCGGAGCUGUUUGGAGGAUAGCAAAAUCGUGUCACGGCCAGUGUUCACAUGUCAUUUAUAA